AUGGGCUUUACUCUGUUGCUGCUAGUGCUCUCCAUAUUCUGCGGCUUCUUGUCUACUAGCUUUGAGUGGAAUACAAGCCUCCUCGUUUUGCCACCAUCAGACCACCUGAGCUACGCAGCACUUGCGCCCGCUACCCCUCGUAUACUGCUCCUUACCGCACACCCGGAUGACGAGUGCAUGUUCUUCGCGCCUACAUUGCUAUCUCUCCACAGCCUAGCUAGCGACUUAGAGGUCUUCUCUCUAUGUUUAUCCGUGGGCAAUGCAGAUGGUCUGGGAAAGAUCAGAAGACGCGAGUUGGAACGGAGUCUAGAUGUGUUGGGUGUAGAGGCAGGGAGGAGGUGGAUUGAAGACAGGCCUGACCUGCAAGACAACUUUACGGCGCGUUGGGAUGCCGACAUCAUUGCAGACGUGCUCAAGCCAUAUGUUCUCCAGGGCAAAAUUACGACUAUUCUAACGUUUGACCACCUCGGUAUCUCCGCACACCCAAACCACAUGUCCCUUGCCCAGGGAGCUGGUCACCUAAUCGCCUCGUUGUCCGCUACGAAUACUUCCGCAGCCGUACCUCGCCUCUUCACACUCGUCUCCGCGCCUCUUCUCCGAAAGUACACCGGUCCCCUCGCUGCUAUCAUCGCCAAAGCCAGAGGCUUCCUCUUCGAUACAUGGGGAAGGAUCAAUAACUUUCCCCACUCAGGCGCUGAUUCUGGCACAGUCCAGCCGCCCCAGAUAGGGUCGGCCGCGGACGCUCGAACGACGUCAGUCUUCGUGUCGAGCGUGACGGAGUACACAAGAGCGCUCCGAGCGAUGACGGAGCACCGUUCUCAGCUUGUAUGGUUCCGGUGGUUGUAUGUCGCGUUCUCCCGGUACAUGUGGGUGAACGAAUGGGUUGAAGUCGUGGCUGCGACCGCCGCAGCGCCAGUGUCUAUGGCGAGCCCUGAGGGAUGA